AUGACCUUGCCUUACCUUGGACAAAACUCUGAUGUGUCCUCUCCAGAAUCUGCCUAUCUAUCGCCGCCAAUCUCACCCCCAACCUCAUCAUUCGUGCACCAUCAACAGCCAUCGCCCAUCCACACCAUGCCAUCGCCCACCACUGACAUGCCAGCACCCAACGACCAUUGGGAGACCGGUCUAUUCCCAGACUCCUUGCACAAGCAGUUCGAAGUUGCCCCACCCAUGUCCAUCGAGUGUACCUCUGCCUUCUUUGAAUCCUUCCAAACUGGUAAUGAGCUCGGCCGCCACAGAGCCUGCUGGAACCUCGCCAACCCCAUGCACCGCAACUACUACCAGCCAAUCACCUUCAAGAUCCCCAGUGAGACUGGUCCCCUUAUGAAUGCUGGUGCCGAGCUCACUGCCGACAGCCUCAUGAUGGACAUGAAGAUGGUCAACUCUCGCUACGAGAACCACCGCAUCUACAUCCAUCCAUCGAUUGGCUACUCGGGCAAUGCCAAACGCUUCAAGCAGGCACCCGAGCUCAAUGAGAAGGCUCUGGUUCUGGACGGCGCCGUCUACGAUGGCCACUUGAACCCAAUCCACAACUGCAAAAUCUGCACCGAGUACUACCAAACCAAGUCGUACUUCUCGGCAAACCCACAUGCCAAGGGCAAGGUGCUGCUCAUCAAGAAUAAUAUCUUGACCCGUGUGAAGGAUGGCUCCUUCACGCUCUCUGUGAAACCAAUGUGCUGCAGUGGUCACAACUCGCACAUUCCACUCUACUUCCACUUCACUCUGACCGAUCCAACGACCAACGAAGUUGUCUUCCAGUCUAUGAUCAACGUCAACGUGAAGCAAUGGAAGAAGUCAAUCCAGAACAAGAACAAGAAGCAAAAGCUUGACAAC